UCGUGUGGAGAGAAACGCGGGAAGUUUUCAAACCAUUUGAAUUUAAUGUGUUUUUCACUAAAGGAUUUUAGAAAAUGGAGACAGAGUUAAUGAAAAUAGUUCGUCUAGAAUAUGUUAAACUACGGGAGAGCACACAACAGAACAAGAAAGAAUCAGACAAGAGAAUCUUCACUGCUAAUCGUCAAAAGAUCAGAGAACAGUUAAAAAAGAAAAACCAACAAACUAGAGAAGUGACAUCUUGUCCAUUGGUGGCAUCAACAGUGUCAGCAGAUCAAGUGAAUGGCUCAACUAAAAAAUGUAGUAUAGUUAGUGGCUUCAAUCACCCAACACAACACACAUUGCUUCGUUUGAUGCAGUAUGUCCCUCCUAUUCCUCAGUACUUCACUUGGUCUCUGGUUCAACAAAAUUUUAUGGUUGAGGAUGAAACUGUGUUGCACAACAUUCCAUACAUGGGAGAGGAUGUACUUGAUCAAGAUGGAUCUUUUAUUGAAGAAUUAAUUAAAAAUUAUGAUGGAAAAGUUCACAAUGCUCGAGUGUUUGAUGAGUACACAUUGACAGACAGUUUGCUUGUUGAAUUGAUUGACAAUGUGAUGAAGGCACUAGAAGCCAAAGGAAAUGACAGCAAACCAGACACUGAGGAAUCAAAAGAUGAAGAAACCAUUCCCAUUGAAUCAGACAAUAACAACACCACAAAGGAAACCAAGGACGAUAUAAAGGAAUCACAUUCAAUCCCCAAUGAAGUAUUUCAAACUAUUGUGAAUAUGUUUCCUGAAAAAUCUUGGACUGAAGCUGAUAUUAAAGCCAGGUAUUUUGAUGAGGCCAGUCGUAACAAGGGUCUGUUACCUCCAGAGUGUACACCAAAUAUUGACAGCCCUGAAGCUCAGUCAGUAUCUAGAGAACAAAGUUUGCAUUCAUUCCAUAUGCUGUUUUGUCGAAGGUGUUACAAAUAUGAUUGCUUUAUGCAUGCUUGGAAACCWUUACCAAACUUGACSAAACGAAAGAGUCCAGUUGAUUUACAGGAAUCAUCUCCCUGUGGGGCAGACUGUUACAUGCAUCUCAAGAGUGCCAAUGGUAGCCCUGUGAACUCUCCUGGUAAAUCAGAGACAAGCUCAAGAAAACGUAAUAAAGGAAAGGCAAAAUCAGGGAACCAGCAACAAAGUGAUGUCUCUCAAGACAUUUCAAGUCCUACCAAGUCAGAUGUUCCUUUAGCACUGGAGUCAUCUGAGUGGAGUGGUGCUGAGCUGUCUUUGUUCAGAGUUCUAAGGACUGUGUAUUUCAACAAUUACUGUACAAUAGCCAACUUGAUAGAGACCAAAAAUUGCAAAGAGGUGUAUCAGCAUGCUCAAAUUGAAGCUACCGAGUCUCUACCUGUAGCAGACGACCACAACACACCACCACGAAAACGGAAAAGAAAACACAGGAUGUGGUCCCUGCAUUGCAGGAAAAUACAAUUAAAGAAAGAUAGCACAUCGACUCAUGUAUACAACUACAUCCCAUGUGACCAUCCAGGCCAACCAUGUGAUCAGACAUGUAUUUGUGUCAUGACCCAAAAUUUCUGUGAAAAAUUCUGCCAAUGCAACCCUGAAUGUCAGAAUCGCUUCCCUGGUUGUCGUUGUAAGGCGCAGUGUACCACGAAGCAAUGUCCAUGUUUCUUGGCAGUCAGGGAGUGUGACCCAGACCUCUGCUUCACUUGUGGUGCUGACAAUUUUGAAGAAAAUGCGGAAAUCUGCUGUAAAAAUGUCAGCCUUCAGCGUGGACAACGGAAACACAUGUUAUUAGCACCAUCAGAUGUUGCAGGAUGGGGAAUAUAUAUAAAGGAAGCCUGCAAAAAGAACGAUUUCAUUGGGGAAUACUGUGGCGAGGUAAUAUCUCAAGAUGAAGCCGAUCGCCGAGGAAAGGUUUACGAUAAAUAUAUGUGUAGCUUCCUGUUCAAUCUCAAUAAUGACUUUGUUGUAGAUGCAACGAGGAAAGGUAACAAGAUUCGAUUUGCGAACCACUCAAUCAGCCCAAACUGCUAUGCAAAAGUGAUGAUGGUUAAUGGGGAUCAUCGCAUCGGAAUCUUUGCUAAACGCGACAUCGAAGCAGGCGACGAACUUUUCUUUGAUUAUAGAUAUAGCGCAACUGAUGCUCUAAAGUUUGUAGGUAUCGAACGAGAUGUGGAGUUCGCAGUACGAUAAAUAUCUCACCGCCGGCGGGAGACAUCAUUCAAUACUUUUUUACUCAAUUAUUUAUUAGUAUUUUCUAUCUUUAAUUGUACGGUGCAUUAGUCAUGAUAGAAUAGCCAAGAUUAAAAWWUUUUUUAACAAUA